UACCGUUUCCUGUCUGAAAAAUGAACCAUUCAUUAACAAGUGUCAAGACAUGUCGCCGGCUGUGUUUGUUAAUACAUAGUUCUUGUUUGUUUUUGUGGUUUAAGUUAUUUGGACAGGUGAAUUUGCUGUAGAGUUUUGGAGUUUUAAUCUUUUAUUGUAAAUGAUUUUUACACUCCUCUUUUAACACAACAGGCUAGCUAGUCAUGAUACCUCAAAGUAAAGGUUUACUCGUGCGGAUAUCUUUCUACUGGAAGCCGCUUUUUUCAGGGAAAUAUCUGAUAGUGACUAACAUUGUUAGUAGUGGAGGCAUGCUUGCUCUUGGAGACUGCAUUCAGCAGACCAGAGAGAAGAGACGGACACCGACUAAGACCCAUGAUUGGCCGCGCACAGGGCGCAUGUUUGCAGUUGGAUGUACCAUGGGACCGUUUCUGCACUACUGGUAUCAGUGGUUGGACAGGGUUUAUUCGGGGAAAAUCGUAAAGACUGUUGCCAAGAAAGUCUUGAUAGACCAGCUUGUUGCCUCACCCGUAUUUGGCGCAUGGUAUUUCAUAGGUAUGGGCGUGAUGGAGGGUCACGGGUGGCGCAAAGGCUGCACUGAGUUUAAAGAGAAAUUCUGGGAGUUCUAUAGGGCGGACUGGUGUUUCUGGCCGACUGCACAGAUUAUCAACUUCUACUUCUUACCAGCGAAGUUUCGGGUGUUGUAUGUAAAUAUAAUUACACUGGGAUGGGACACCUACCUCUCAUAUCUCAAGCACAGGGAAAGCCAACCAAUGGAUGAAUUGGGGCCAGAGGACUCAUCGAUGUCUCCUACCUCAGCUACACCACUGGAUGAUAAACUAUAGUCCCACACCAGUUAUUACUUAACUCUUUCACUACUUAGACAUAUAACUGACUUAAUCAGUUACUCAAAUCAAUAAUUUGAAUCAGUGUGGCAGCUAAAUGAGGUCUUAUACCUGUACUGAACCUUAUCAGGUGUCCUAAAAACAUGUCUAGACGUUCACAUUCUCAAUAGUGAAGGGAAUUCUAGCUGUUUUCAGUGUCAUUUGGCGCUACUCACCAAUAAUAUACAUUCACUGGCCACUUUAUUAGGAACUUACUACUAGUGGGUAGAACUCCCUUUGCUGUAAGGUCUUCACUUUGCACAAUAUGUUGGAAACAUUCCUUUGAGAUUCUGGUCCAUGUUGACAUGAUUGCAUCAUAUAAUUGGUGCAGAUUUUUCAGGUGGACAUUCAUGCUAGGAAUCUCCCAUUCUACCACAUCCAAAAAAGCUGUUUCAUUGGACUCAGAUCUGCUGACUGGGGAGUCCACUGAAGCACAACAAUUUUAUGGUCAUGUUCCUGAAACCAUUUUGAGGCUACUUUUGCUUUGUGAUAUGAUGCAUUAUCAUACUGGAAGCAGCCAUUAAAAAAUGGGUAUAUUGUAUCCAUGAAGGUAUGCACAUUGUCAGCAACAAUACUCGGGCUGUGGCAUUCAAAUGAUUGUUAUUAAGGGGCCCGAUGUGUUUUAAGAAAACAUUCCCAACAACAUUACACCACCAACAGCCUAAACUGUUAACAGAAGGCAGGUUGCAUCCAUAGAUUCAUGUUGUUGGCACCAAAUUCUGACCCUACCAUCUACAUCUUGCAUUAGAAAUGAAGAUUCUCAGUCCAGUUUCAGUGAGUCUGUACCCACUGUAAAUUCAUAUUCCUGUUCUUGACUGACAGGAGUGGAAGCUGAUGUGGUCUUCUGCAUUUGUAGACCAUCCACAUCAAGGUUCAACAUGUUAUGCAUUCUGAGAUGCUUUUCAUCACGGUUGUAAACAGUGAUAAUUUGACAUACUGUAGCCUUCCUGUCAAUUCGAACCAAUGUCUGACCUUUCUCAGUAACAAGGUGUUCCAUGCCCUGAGAACUGCCAUUCCUUCGUUUUUGUACCAUUAGGUGGAAACUCUAGAGACUGUUGUGUGUGAAAGCUCGAGAGGCUGUUAGGUUUCAUUAGUAAAAUAGAUUUUAACUUUGUUAAAUAAGCAGUACUGUCUUCCAGGCCCAGUGUGGGGCUGUGAUGUCAUGUAUUGUUAUAUGUCUAAAUUGUAACUUCGAAUCAAACUGGAUGUGGCUGAAGUGCCAUUACUGCCAAAUGUUUCAGUGAUUUGUGCAAAUCUUUGCUACUCUGCAUUUCUGAUAAUUAUACAUUUAUUACAAAUGACAACAACAGUUGUACUGUUAGUGUUAAAUACUAUUUUUGAAAAUUUGUGUGAAAAUGACCCCGUUUACAUGGACAGCAAUAAUCUAAUUAUUGACCUUAAUCUAAGUAAGGUAAUAAUGUGAUUAAGGUGUUUACAUGAGUCGCUUUUAGAAUACUCCUGUCAUGUUCCCGUUUUACAUGUUAUAGAUCAUAAUUAGAUUAAGAGCCCACGUCAUUACGUCGCCACGCCGUCCGACUCCCUCCAGAAUUUCAUGCAUCAACAUACACUUCGUCUUCUUUAUGGUACCGUAUACAGUUUUGGGUGUUUUUAUUAAAAUUUUUUACAAAUGCUUCAAGUGCGGUUAAUUAUUAGUCAUGCUAUACGUGCAAAUAGACGACUGCUUGAAGCCGUGGGCUUCGUCUCAAAUCGCAUACUUACCUACUGUAUAGUAGCCGAGAUACAUGUAUUUUUUCCCACUACCGGCCUACAGUAGGCAAGUAUGCAGUUUGGGACACAGCCGAACUCUCUUGUUUGCCGUAAAACGUAAAACUGCCGUGUGUGAUCGUGUCCUGUCGCAAAAUGCGGUGAAAACUCUCACACGAUGCUCAGAAUGUGAUUAAGGUGUUUACAUGUCUGUAAUGCACGUCCAUAAUACGAUUAAAACAGGAUUAAUCCACCUGUCUUAAUUCGAUUAGAGCUUAAUUAGAUUAUGACCAUAAUUAGAUUAAGGUUGCUGUUUACAUGGUAGUUUCUUAAUCAAAUUAUGGUCUUAAUUAGAUCAAGAGUGGAUUAUUGUUGUCCAUGUAAACGCAGUCAGUGAUUUUUUUUUUUGUUUACUUUGAUUUUACUCCUUUGCCUUAAUUUCUUGCAGACCUACUGUUUUACAAACGUCUCUGCUGCUGUUGCAGUUGUUGUGAGAGGAUAUAUACUGUCUGUCCAAUUUAUGAACACAUUUACACCUCCACUUCAUGCAAUUAUCCAAUCAGCCAAUCAUGUGUCAGCAGCACAAGGCAGAAAAUCCUGCCGAUACAGAUCAUGAACUUCAGUUAACUUUCACAUCAUACAUCAGAAUGGGGGAAACAUGAGAUUAGGGUUUGGCGAGUUGUGCAUUCUGAGACGCUUUUCUACUCACCCUGGUUGUAAAGAGUAGUUGUUUGAGUGAGUGUAGCCUUCUUGUCAGCUCGAACCAAUCCAGCCAUUCUCCUCAAACCUCUCUCAUUAUUAAGCUUAUUCUGCCAUUUGAACUGCUGCUCACUGGAUCACCAUUCUCAGUCAAAUCUAGAUACUGUUGUGCAUGAAAAUCCCAGGAGAUCAGCUGUUAAAGAAAUAAUCAUCUGGUACUAACAACUAUGCCACGGUCAAAAUCACAGAGAUCACAUUUUUCCCUCCAUACUGAUGGUUGAUAUGAACAUGACUGAAGCUUUUGACUUGUAUAAGCAUGAUUUUAUGCAGUACAAUGCUGCUACCACAUGAUUGGCUGAUUAGAUAACUGCAUGAAUGCGUGCAGGUGUUCCUAAUAAAGUGGAUGGUGUAAAUGCUUUGUGUAUUGAUGAUUUUUUUUUGCCACUGAAAGAAUUUUUACACUCCUCUCUUUAUCACAUGUUGGGAAUUAAGUUUAUUAUUAUUAUUAUUAUUAUUAUUAUUAUUAUUAUUAUUAUUAUUACAUUUUUCCCCCGCUUGUGAUGGGUGGCUGGCUGCUGUUCUUGCUGUUUACUGUAAUUGGUUCAGCUGAAUAAUGGAAACAUGCUAUGUAUGUACAAUAUAUAAACUGACAGAUAUCUGUCCUGUACUGUUAUGUACAAAGUUAUCCAAAUAGUAUUUACUAGAGAUGCGCCAAUACUAAAUUUCUCAGCCAAUACCGAUAACCGAUUAUUCGGAGUGAUAUCGGCCGAUACCGAUAGUUCUGCCUUUUAUACCUUCUUUUAAAUUAGUAAUAAUUAAUUCCACAAUUCUGAAAAAAAUGCAAAUAAAAACUUUAUUCUCUUUAUUUCAACAAGUUGUUUCACAGUAACUGGUCUCAUAAACAGAAAACACAUUACUCUAAUUAACAUUAACACAUGAACUCAAUUCUGAAGAUUAAAGUAAGAUUUCUUCACUUAUUGAAUGAUAUUAAUUCAUAUUAACAUUGACUGAAUUCUAAAAAAAAAAAAAAAAAACAAGCAAAAAAACCCCUCCAGUUAGUCUCACAUUCACUCACCACAUACAAAAGCAUUUCUACUCCAUCAUUGACAUCAAGCUGGUAAUAUAUAAUAUCAACUUUUUAUAUACUAACAUUAACUGAAUUCUAAAAACCUGUUAGUCUCACAUUCACUCUCCACAAACAAAAGCAUUUUUACUUCUUCAUUGAACAUCAAACUGGAAAUAUAAAAUAUCAACUUUUUUUGAUGAUAUUAACUCAUUAACCUUAACUGGAUAUGAAAUACACUACUCUACAAAUAUAUAUAUUUUUGUACAAUAUAUAUAUAU